AGAACUUACUUCUGUUCUCUGUCCGCGGGAGCACGGCUCUUUUCAGGGACAAAAGACAGCAGCUGUACCGGGGACCGGUCGGUCAGAGAUGGGAUUGGCUGUCAGUGAGCUGUCGGUGUCCGUCCUCAGCCACAGCCAGAAAGCUUUUUAAAUGGGAAUAGAGAAGAGAAGGGGAGCUUAACGCUACUCGGGGGUUUCACCACACAGACCAACCGGCGCGUGGAGAACGUACCGUAGCAUCUGAGAAGUUCACGGCUCUCUCUGUAACAUCUGACUUUCCUGUACUUGAGCUGAAGGCGAGAGAAUAAGCUAUCAGCCGCCGCUGUUUCAUUAACUCUUCACCCCCGACGAGUUCCCAGUUCACGGUUAUAAGGUUGCUAUGGUGAACAGCAGGGUGGAGGCGCCCACAGUGGCAGUGAUGGGCGGUGGCGGGGGGACAGGGGGCAGGUUGUGCGCAGGAUGUGGAGGUCGAAUUGCAGACCGCUUCCUGCUCUUCUCCAUGGAGCGGUACUGGCACACACGAUGCCUCAAGUGCUCCUGCUGCCACGCUCAGCUGGGCGAGUACAGUAGCACCUGCUACAGCAAAGGAGGCAUGAUCCUCUGCAAGAACGACUACAUCAGGCUGUUUGGACACAGUGGAGCCUGCAGUGCUUGUGGACAGUCUAUACCUGCAAGUGAGAUGGUGAUGCGAGCACAAGGCAACGUUUACCACCUUAAGUGUUUUACCUGUGCAACCUGUAGGAACCGGCUAGUCCCUGGAGAUCGCUUUCACUACAUCAAUGGGACUAUCUUCUGUGAACAUGACCGGCCGGGAGGGGGUCUGCUCAGUGGACAUCCAACUCCACUGCAGGCCAGCAGCAUGAUGUCUGACCAGAAGGUCUGCUGAGGAAGAGGAUGAAAAAACCAAACGUGUGCCUUCUCCCCCUCCUUACUCCUGUCUCUCCUUCACCGUCCUCCUCUACUUGUAAAUCCCACCGUUGGUUGACCACCCUCAAGUCUGAUGGACUGCCACUUCACAGUCUGGAUAUAGUCAAUACUGCUACAGUACUCAUUCCAAUUUCAACAUCCCAACAAAAAACUGGCUUCUCUUUGUAGACUGUGAGGAGGGAAAUAUGGGCAUGUGCAGUAGUCUGAUGGAGGGAUGAGGAUGUUGAGGAUGGUUGGAAUUUUAUUUAUACAGCAGACUGUUGUCUGUUGUGAACUGUGGCAAUGUUAUUGGUAGGAAAUGGCAUGGCUAAAAGGGAAAAAAAUGGAAGACUGCCAUGGAAUUCUCUCAUAAGUGUGAGUCCAGCAGAAUCAUCCACUACCUUUACUCAACUAGCCAGUUACAGUUUGCAUUGAAUACAGAGGAAACACUGAAAGCAAUUUAAUUCCUGCUGGAGGCGAAAUAUAUUUCCAAAACCGCACAGACCACACAUGUAGUUUGACCAUUUAUUUUUGGUCUGAGAAAAAAAUGUAUGGAUCUAUGGUGGUUAUGUCAGCUACUGGAUCCUCCCACACUCCAAGAGACAGGUGAACAAGAAAACAUCUAUAUGGAAACUUACAAUAUUUCUCUGUGUAAUUCUCUUUGAAAUAUUUAACAAACAUGUUAGUCUCUGCAUUUGUUUUUACCACAUUGGGUUGGGCGAAGUGGCAACGUUCCCACCUCAGGCAUACGUAGCUUGUAUUCUCCAUUUUUGUACAAAACUGUUCUAGCCCAUUAACUACAAAUUGUGUACACCAUGAAUUCUCAAAUAGAUGCCAGGGCCUUUAUUUACCUCAAUGAGAGAGAACUAUGCUUAAAUUCAAUUUUCUGUCCAUUUCCACAGCACACAUUGCAUUAGCACAGCAGGAGUCAGGUGUUCCACUUUGUGUCCCACACUUUGCCUUUUUCCUCCCCGAUCUAUGUUAAGCUACCAUGAAUGAAAUUCAACAUAUUGUCAAGAACUUUUACAUAAAAAAAAAACUGUCUAGUGGUUUUCCUUUUAUAGGCAGGCUUUAAAUGUAAAAAAAGAAGAAAACACUAUGUCUGUCGACAAAGAGAAUUAUAUUAGUAUUAUAUUAGUUGUGCUUCAUUUGGGGUGAUGGCAUGUGGCUAUGAGUCACUUAUCAGGAUCGGGAAAUUAACUCGCCCGUCUCCUGCCGACUCUGCUAACCUGGGCUAGCUAAAGAGCUUGUUUUCAAAUGUAAACAUUAAAGUCAACACUGACGAAAGACGGAGAAGAUGAGAUUAAGCUAGCAAGACCAUCUCCACGGCCAUUUUACGACUACAAGUUUCUCAUCAGGAUCGGGAAGUCCACUCACCAGUCUCCUGCUGAAUCUGCUAGCCUGGCCGGAGUAAACACAGAGGAGAAGGUGGAGAUGGCUAUCAGCUACGACCUUUGGCUACGAUCUCGAUUACAUGGACAAGGAAGACCAUCUCCCGGGAUUGCCGGAUUGCUGGUGACCUUUUGCCGAGAGUUGGCUGAAUUCUGAAGUGCCGAGUGAUUCUUUUUCUGUGUGCCGGUCUGACGGACACAUUCCGCUUUAUGGUAACUCAUGCACAAGUUGAAGGAGCUGAUGGGAUAACAUUUCACUGGAAUUGUACCUUGUACAAUUUCAUGUGACAAAUACAUUGAUUUACUGAGUCACUGUACUGUCCCUCCGGGAAAUUCGCGAUGUCGCGAUCGCCACAGUUCACGCAAAUUAAACCAAUCUCGGUGAAUUCAGUGCGACACCGCAACUUUUCCGCAAAUUUGACCAAUCACCGGAGUUCCCCGCGACUUCAAACCAAUCACAGCAGUCCCAUGUGCCAGACUUUUGCGUCAGUAUGUGACGCUGAGAGCCACUGACCAAGCGGGAGUGAGAACGGGUUGACGUAACACCCGUACGUUGCCAAAUUAAUUUCCUUGUUUCUAAUAUGAAGACGAGACAUGUGUGACAUCUCACAUUUACCAAAUUACACUGUAACGAUGUUUUACUCUAAAGACGCUAAAAGCUGACUGCUGUUUCAAUCCUGUCGGCUCUCUGCUGCUCAUUUCUCCCCACGACUGACUCACACACACAAAGUUAUUCACACACACACACACAAAGUUAUUCACACACACACACACACACAAAGUUAUUCACACACGCACACAUACGAUGGAUGCAGGAAAAACCGGAGCUGAGUCGGUAAUUACACAAUGACCUAAAUUGGGGACAGCUACGCUCAUUAUAGUGCAAUAAAAAGUAGACUACUUCAUCAAACCGUAUAAAUGCAUGUCCCAGGCCAGGAUGGGAAAUAAUUUUUUUUACAAUGUAAAGAUCGACCAGCCACUGACAGAUAUGUUCAAAUUUGAUUCAUUCAAUAACUUAUUAUUUUGUGUUUUAAAUC